UGCACACUGGUGAGGAAUAUAGUAGACUUGAUUUCAUCAUGACAUUGGAAGUCUUCCAGCCAUCUUCAGCGGUUAUGACCUGGGUGGAAGCAUUCUCAUGGCUGGCCUAUUGAGAAAGACCUAGCUGAAAUGUUUUUCCUCAUUACAUGUGCUUUUAUGUGAUGCAUGCCAUGAGCUGGCCUGAACAGGAAAUGCUGGGCUUGUUCUGAUAUGAUACUGCAUGCUCAUUCCCUCUGGUCUAUGAGAAAUUCCCAACUUUCUGCUGGUAUUUAUAAACUCCGCCUCUCACAUAAACCCCGCCCAAUAACAAGUAUGAACAGGCAAAGAUUAAAGAAACAGAUGAGCUAGACAGAAGCUCCCACCCCUACGACGAUCAAACAGACUCUGCUCUAUGCAGAAAAACACAGGAGAAGCUGAGGAACUCUGGGUUUAUUUUUUACCUAUGUUUACAAUGAGAACUUCAAGACCUCUAAGUCAUGGACCUCACUUUGUGGCAGUACCAGUUUCGAAUCAUCAUGCUAGGAGACUCCACCGUGGGCAAAUCAUCCAUGUUGAAGCGCUACACUGAGGAUCUGUUUCUGGAGUGCAUCAACCAAACAGUCGGAGUGGACUUCUAUGUACACUUCCUAGAGGUGGAACCUGGGGUGAGGGUCAAACUGCAGUUCUGGGAUACAGCUGGUCAAGAGAGGUUUAGGUCCGUGACUCGCUCCUACUACCGUAACUCAGUCGGAGGUCUUCUGGUGUUCGAUCUGGGCAACCGUAAAUCUUUUGAAAACGUGCAGCAGUGGUAUGCAGAAGUGUGUGACCGUGUGCAACCCUACACUGUGCUCUUUGUGCUGGUGGGACACAAAAGUGACCGGGUCCAAGCUGGAGAGCGAGCCGUGGACCGAACUGAGGCAGAAAAGCUUGCAAGCCAGUUGGGAGCGCCGUACAUCGAGGCCUCAUCAAAAACAGGUCACAAUGUGAAAGAGGCCUUUGAACUCUUGACCCGGAGGGUUUAUCAGGGCAUAAAAAGUGGAGAGAUCCAGUUGCAUGAGGGGUGGGAUGGAGUCAAGAGCUCAGCACCUAGAGCCCAAACACUCCAGAAGAUACAAAACAAUGAUGCCGCUGAGAAAAACAAGAGCUGUGCUUGUUAACUUACAAUAAGUGGUUCUCGCAAAUUUUGUGUAGAUCUUCAAAUAGGAUGGAUGUGUCUGACAUUGCCAAAUACACAUAAAAGCAAAUGUAAAGGUCUUUCAGAUUGUAGGUAUAAACAGUAGUCAACAUUUGAAGUGGAUCAAAAAAGUUAAUCAAAACUGUCUUAAGACGAGAAUGCUUUUAGGUUUUAGGACAACUUUGAUUAAAGGUUUUGAUCCGCUUUAAAUGUUGACUAGUGUAUUAGAAUUUGUGCUUAUCUGCAAGAUAUCAGCAUUUGCGAACCACACUGAAACUCAUGAUUAACGUCAUAUAUACAAGCAUAUGUACAUUUAAUUUCCAAUUGUUUGUUCGUAUUUCUGGGAUCAACAUUGUAUAAAGGUGUCUUUAUUAGUGUGGCAACAGUGUUACUGCAUCAGUUAAAGAUUUUACCUGCUAUUCAUCAUAUUAUGUCAUAUUAUAAAGGCCAUGUAUUUCCAUAAGCAUGGAUGUAUUUUUGCUGAUACAGACAUUCUGGAGGUAUUUAAGAGUUAAACUAUUCACUAAUAUAUACAUACAUGGAUGCAUUGCUGAAACAGUUUAUGUUAGUUGUAAUUUCUGAAAUGAUGUCCCACAAAAUCUGAGUGAGUUCAGUCUGAAUAAAUUACAAUUAGUUGUUUUUUAUUCAUGAAAAACAAGAGACUGUACAACACUGUGAUACAUGGCAAAAAACAGUUUAUACUCAGUUCAACUCCACAGAAAUGUUCAAAUCUGCCCACAAAUCCACAGCAGAAAGGGUUUAUGCACCAUUUCCCAUAUAUCACACA